UCUGCCAGGAUCCAUUAGAUCCUGUGAAGCCCGUCACAACUCUGACCCUGGGGUGCUGUCCCUCCUCACCCAGACGUCCUCCCUUGAGGUCCUGGUCACCUUUUCAUCUCUCCAAGAUCUCUUUUAGGCCAACCAGCCAGCCACAGACAGCAUGGGUUCUGCAUUAUUCAAAGAGUCUGUAGACCCCGUCUCCCUUUCGGUUUAGUCGUACCAAAUCAGCCUCCAGUUCCUAUUUGGGACAAGAUCGUCGCUGGGGCAGGUUCUCCCCCAGGGGGAGUUUCCUCCCAAGUGGACGGCUUCACCGCCCACCCCUGAGUGGACGUCUUUCGGUGCUCCACGAGCCUGUCCAGGAAGUCUCCAGGGUGGCAACUGGCCCUAAAGCUCGGGCUGCCCGGGAGGUGACAGGUCGUGCGGCUGCCGGAGAAAUUGCUCCUCCUCCCGCCCCGGGGCUGGUUACAGAACACUCUGGAGAGUGAGAAGGGGGUGGCUCUCCCGGGACAGGUACUUUCCGACGCUAGGAAACCCGCUCAGCUCUUGGCGUCCUUCAACAUCGGGGUCCCCAGGGAGCCACCCUGGGAGGGGCGGUGCGCCCACUGACCCUCACGUUGGCUUUCAGCCUCUCGUGUUACAGCUUCGUGUUCUCCCGCGCGUGCCUUUCCUUGCUCCGGGGAAAAGCGUCAGGAUGGCAGUGGCGCGGUCAGGAGAGGACCCCCGCUGAGCUCGGGACACCAGCUGGAAAGGCGCCCCGCCCGCCGCUCAGCUUCCACCCCUCCCGGCGGCAGCGCCGGGAAAGCCCCCGCGGCUCCUCCCACCCCAGGGGCUUUUCUCCAGUCGCCAGUGACUUUGCUUAGGGAGCGCAGCCGCCUGGCGCCGCUUUCCUCCAGGCUGGAGCGCGCAGGGGCCCCUGGCUCUUCUGCGAACGCAAGGGGCAAGAAUCGGUGACCUCGGGGCGCGCCCCGAGUCCGGGUCCCUUAACCCGCACCCUAGCCCCCGGCCCGCGCCUAAGCCUUCAGCAUGGUGCUGCUGGCUGGGCCCGGGCCGGAGGGCGACGGGACGCGCUGCUUGUCAUCCCCGCAGUCGCCGACGCCACCCCGGGGAACGCAGACAGAGGACGACCCAGGGGACUAUGAAGAGUACGAAGACUUCUCGAGUCUGCCGGACACCCGCAGCAUAGCAUCAGACGAUUCCUUCUAUCCUCCCGGCGGCGAGGAGGAGUGCGGCUCGGAGAGCGCGGAGUGCGUCCCGGAGGGCGUCCCCGAGGCGGCGACCCUCCUGCGCGCCGCCUGCACCAACGACGUGGGGCUGCUGCGGGCGCUAGUGCUGCGCGGGCCGAGUUCCGAGGAGGUACGAGAGACUGACCGCAACGGCCGGACUGGCCUUAUUGUUGCGUGCUACCACGGCUUCGUGGAUACUGUGGUGGCCUUAGCGGAGUGCCCUCACGUCGACGUCAACUGGCAGGACAGCGAAGGGAACACAGCCCUCAUCACAGCUGCACAGGCAGGGCAUGCCACCAUCACCAACUACUUGCUGAAUUAUUACCCCGGUCUGGACCUAGAGAGGCGGAACAUAUUCGGCUUCACAGCCCUCAUGAAAGCGGCCAUGCAGGGCAGAACGGAAUGUGUGCGAGCCCUGAUGUUGGCAGGGGCAGAUGUUCAAGCGAGGGAUCCCCGCCGUGGGAUGUCACCACAGGAGUGGGCUGCAUACACUGGCCGAGUGGAGGCUGUUCGUGUCAUGCAGAGGCUGAUGGAGCGACCCUGCCCAGAGCAGUUUGGGGACAAGUACAAGCCAGAAUUACCGCUUCCCGCGGAGGCGCUCUUGAAACCAGCGCGUUCCAAAAACUGCUUUCAGAGAUUCACAGAGUUCCUGCGGUCUACGCUGACCUCCCGCUCAGGCCAGGGUCUGGCGGAUGGAGGUGUCCUUGAUCACAUGGUCAGGAUGACUACCAGCCUUUAUAGCCCCGCCAUUGCUGUCAUCUGCCAGACUGUGUGCCCCGAGAACCCUCCCUGUGUGGGGAAACGGCGCCUGGCAGUGCAGGAAAUCCUAGCAGCUAGGGGGAACCCGGACACCUAUGCUCAGGAUGGCUCUGAACUGCAAUCCCAGACUUUGGAGACUCCCAGAGUGAAUCCCUGGUCAUCCCAGUCCUCUGGGGUCCCAGGACCCACCCCUGCCCCUGUCUCGCGGAAGGCCAGCCUCCUGCCCUUGCAGUUGCUGCGCAGAAGCAGCGUGCGGCCAGGAGUGGUGGUUCCCAGGGUGCGCAUCAGCAAGGCCCCUGCGCCCACCUUCCAGCCCGACCGCCCAGCCCCCAAAAGCAAUACCAAGGACAGUGUACACCUGCAGAUCCCCAAGUGGCGGUACAAGGAGGCCAAGGAAGAGAAGAGGAAGGCGGAGGAGGCGGAGAAGAAACGCCAGGCAGAGGCUCAGAAGGAAAAGCGGGCGCCACGCUGGAGGAAAAGGACGUGAAGGGGCCAUGGUACCCACUGCGUGUGUGCCUGGUGUGGGAGGCAGCGCAGGGAUCCAGCUGGGAGGCUGCGGGUGGUGUAGACAGCGCCAUAGAGAGGGGUGUCCCUCUCUGCUGCAUUACACAACCUCUGGGUCAGUCUCCUUUCCUAGAUUCAUGAAGCAGGUUCCCCAUUGUUCCCAAGACAGAAUUGAAAAGAGUACGGAUGGCUUUUGCUUAAAACUAGUUCCCUGAGCAGUCUAUACACCCAAAGGGCAGUUAACCAGACGUCACCCCUUAGAGGACCCCAAUCAAGAAUUAAAAAACCUAAUUUAUCAAAGGGCAUUUUCGCAUACUUUUGUAUUUUGUUAUUUAUGAAAAAUCGCAGCAUUUUACAAGUGGUGGACUCUUCGUAAUUAAGGUAGUUUUAAUACCUGUGUUUUGGAGACCCUUUGUUUAAAAUGCUGACUCUAGCAAUAAAUACUUGUAAUGAUUGUGUGAAUCACACAGAACUCUGGGAUCCUCCCCCUUUGCCCUUCGGUUCUGGCUUUUGCCUUCUCGUGUCCUGUGGACACACCUGCGCACUGGCUUUUCCUAUGGACUCGCGUGAUGCCAAAUGCCCGUUUCUACUUGGUGAGGGCACCGACUUCUGUUCACAAUGACCAGGGGAGAUGGAAGUCUUCCUUCCUUUCCUUUCGUUUCUUAGACCCCUUUGUUCCGAUCGCCAUCAUCACCGUCAUCAUCAUCAUCAUCAUCAUCAUCAUCACCAUCAUCAUCAUCAUCUAUAUCACUGAAAGUGACCAUGGCCCAUUGCAGAAGUGCAUAUGUUGCUGGGACCAAACUCAUUUAAAGCAAGAGCCUUGGAUAGACAGACUAUCCAUCCUCCAGGUGAUCUGAGGCAAACAGUUAUUCAGCAGGGGCAGAUUUAACAAAAGAGUAGUAGAAACACAGUCAUGUGUGCCCAGAAAGAAACAAAUGUGGGUAUCCUUAACAGUGUCCAAGAUGCAGAGGGCAGGGAUGCUGCACACUGUUGAGGGGGCAGACGGAUGACUUUUAGGACAGGUGGUACACCCUGGAUACUAGACAGCAGUUUGGGGAAGGUUUUCCUGUAGUGGUCUACACUCCGGUGGCCCUCUCCUCCGGGAGUCCCGUGUGUGUUUUAAGUGACAGUUUCCCUUUGAUGAGCCACAAUGUUUAGCCCAUCCCAACUUUGUAAAACUUCCAAUAUGCCGGGACUCAGGCUGGGAUGGGAUUUGCCUUGGGUGCCAACCUCUCAGUGGAAGGUUUCUUUCUAUACCUUUCUUUCUUUUAGCUCCAAAGCAUUAAAAAAUUCCCAACUGAGUCGUAGCAUAUCGGUCACACAUGCACUUUAUGUGAAUAUUUAAUGUAAAUACUUGGUAGCUAUAGAUUCAGAAUAUUACAGACUGAUUUGGAGGCCCUUUGCUGAGGUCCGUCUUACACUGUGAGGAGAGUGAGGGUGGUACUGGCUUAAUCGUAAUCCUUUAUACUUGGUGCCAUUAGGCAUUGAGCAACGAGAGUUCUCACACUAGCUUUCCCCGAAACACCAUAAAAUAGGGCAGUCAGACCUUAGGUUGCUCCCAGGUGGAUUUAACACUGGUGUCACUGUUCAGUGUUUAAAAGUCACAUUUAAGUAGGUUUCACUUUAACCAAGGUGAGUGCUGGGGUGUGGCUCCUCCUCUCCAGCUAUUGACAAUAGGUAACCUGGUUCACCAUUGUGACCUGGGACUCUGGAUUGACAGCAUCUCUUUGGGGCCAUGAGGACCUCAAGCAACCUCAGUCUUAUGUUGGGAAUAUCUUUCCUACCUCUCAGCAGCAUGGAUCUUCCUGCAUGCCCCAGACCCUGCCGCUGUUAGCCAAGGCAGCACCACAGUGCUUGCAAUCCGUAGUCCUCACUCUGGUUGUCCACAGAUACAGCACAGCUUUCAUCCCUUUCCCUGCUGCAGAGAGGGAGCUGUACCCCAGUGCUGUGGAAGGGGUCAAGCUGACUUCUGCUGUAGAAGUGGAGCUGUGGCUUCUCCGUAGGGGGCUGUAGGGAGCCCCACUUCUUUUAGGGGGUCUGCCUGGAUACUCAGCUUGAGCUCCCAUGGAAGGCUCAUUUCUGUAGGAUGUCUGGUUGUCACAAGAAGGGCCUGUUUUAGACAGCUCCUGCAAGGGAUGACGUGGUAUCUGGUAUUAGUGCAUCGCCGAAUCGCCCACCCUGUUUACACCGUCUUAACGUCACCUUAGGAACUGUACAUAACUCUGUUAAGCCUGGGUCCCUGCUGCUGACUGAGAUGUUCAGUUUUGGUACCUCCCAACCAUCUACCUUUUCCUGAUCCAUUUUCAGAUUCACCCCACAUAAGCAUGGACUACUCACGGUGUUGCAGCAGGGGGCUGGAGGCUUCUUUGUUUUCCAGGUGUUUGAAAGAGGAGCUCUUCCGUAAAUGUGCCAGCCCCGACCAGACACCAGGAUGACAUUGUUACUUGUAUCUACACGAACGCUCUGGUGAUACCUGUGUUAGUUAAAAAGACUUCUAAACCCAGAAGCCUGGGUCAGUCCAGAGAAUUUUUCUUUUAUUUUUUGGCAGACCUUGGUGUGAAGCAUCCUCUCUCCCUCUCUCCUCAUUCUGCGGAGCUGCCUCUAUCUGAUGGGCCUUGCACUAAGAAGGUCAAUGACAGAUGUGUGGACAUUUGGGGGAAGCCUUCUUCCUGGUGAGCUUUAGUUUGUUCCCUGGGGAGAAAGAUGGAGCUGUGAAACUUCCAAGUGAAGGGAAGGCCAGUCCAGCCUGGGCUGGAGAGCCUUUCCAGUGUCUCUCCCGCUGUGUGUCUGAGCUUGUCCUGUGGGAGUGCUUCUCCAGCAGAGGGGCCGCUUGGAGCAGUUGCCCCAGUCGAGGAAAGCGUUGCCUAGCCUCUUCCCCAUCCUGGGGUCGGGGUGGCUUUCACUCUUCUGUUGUCUCUUACCAGCGCCCUGCCCAGAGCGCAGGUGGGAGGAGCGUGGACAAGCACUUGUGAACAGAGUCCUCCUACCCAUGCUCGUCUGGAUCUUCAGGGGCACCUGGGAGUGAAGUGGGUGAAAUGGAGUAGAGGGGCAGGUGUGCCGUUCACGCCAUCUUGAGAAGGGAGCAAGCCUUGAGGUCUAAAAAGGCAGGGAAACAAAGGCUCGUGAGAAAGCCCUUGCUUUUCCCACUGCACUCUCAGGCUGAGACCUCUAGAUCCCCAGGAGAGGAUGCAGGGCAGGGCUGUGGCUUCAGGCCACCAUCUGAGACCUCUAGAUCCCCAGGAGAGGAUGGAGGGCAGGCUGUGACAACAAGACAUUGGCUCUGCCUUCUGCUUUUAGAAAGGAGGCCCAGUCUGCUUUACUGACUUGGCAGAGCUGAGGCACAGGCCUGGGGGCCUGCUUGGCCUUGUGUGUAUUAAUUGUAAAUAGUGAAUUCCAAGUGGACAGGUGUCUUCUCAGGGAUUUAUACAUAAAUAUAGUUAGGGGAGAAGUUGAAGUGUAGUUUAAAUCUUUUUGGUGGUAAAGUCAAUUAGGGUUAAACUGGAUGAAAGAAAUAUUUCCAAGACAGUGUCAAAGCUGUUGUAUCUAAGGGAGAUCCUGGGACUUGUCUCUCUGGAGAUUUAUGGGGACCUUGGUGGUAGGAGUGGCUGUGCGUAUUACACCACAGCCGUGUCUCUCAGCUGCUGCUUCUAGCUGUGACCCUUGUGUUAACAGUUGCCUCCAGGUAGGCAGAGGUGACCAAUGCCCAGAUGGACGGUCCAUACCCACCCCCCAGAGCUGUUCUCUGAGCCCCUGGUCUAUUCUCCUUGCUUUUAGGAUAAGAUGGCCAUAGUCAUUGUACGGAAGCCCACAGGGUGCCUCAGGAAGGAAGGAUGAGGGACACUCUGUACUCUUGAUCGGUCAGUGGCCGCCAUGGGCAGUGUGGUUGCUGUACUGGAGCAGGACAGUAGGUGGCAGGAGAGACUUUGCACCUCCUUCAGCUCCUUCCAGGCUCCUGGGCCACUCCUGAUACCUGUGGGGGGGGGGAGUGGGGGGGGUGAGAAUGGCAAGGUAUUUUCCAUCUCAGCUUUGAAUUCCCCAGACUCAUCUCACACACCAGGAAAGGGAGGAUUCAUGAUGUGGGCUAGAAACUGGGUUUUAUAGACUCAGAGAGGGUGUGUCAAGAGGCCUGUGCUCAUUCCGUCCCAGCUGGCAGCUGGAACCAAGGCUGUUACAGACAAGGCUGUUCCGGGCUUGUGGGGAGGGGGCUGGCUCCAGUCCCCAGGAGUCUGGAAGCAUCCACAGUUAUUCCCCACGCUGUUUAGAGUGAUGGUGUCUCGCCGUAAAUUCCCUCCUCUCAUACCACGGUGCUUUUCUAGCGACUGGGAAAUUCCAGCAGGUUCCCCGUGAGUUCUCCAGUGCUGGUCACUGUCUGGGUUCUGAUCCGUGCUGCUAGCCCUUGGCCCCUUCAAGCCCGGCAACAGUGUGGGAGGCCAUGACUUCUAGAGCGUGAAGGCGGGAGGAACACUGAGUGUGAUGAAUCCUUAAAGAAACAACAAAGUCACACUUAAAACAGAAGAAUAGCUGGGGCUGUCAGAGCGACGGUAGAGUUGGCCGCAAAGAAUGAAAAGCCACUUCUUAGUCACCCUGGCCAACUCUGCACAUCUAACCUGAGUCCGCUAUUCAUUUCUUUGCUAUUAAAUUCACAUGUUUACUUAUUUUUUAUUUUUUUUGAGCUGAGGACUGAACCCAGGGCCUUGUGCUUGCUAGGCAAGCGCCCUACCACUGAGCUAAAUCCUCAACCCCCAACUUCACUUGUCUAUUCCUUAACAUUUUCUAUACGUGACUGAAAAUUCCUCCGGAGGCUUUAUUUUAUGGAAUAUUAUUAUUUAAAGACUCAGUGCUAUUGGGAAUGCUACCUGCUUUGGUCUGGCUGAAUUGGUUUGGCUGGUUUUCAGGUGUUACUGCUGGAGGCCAGGUGCUACACAUGCAAUUUUCACGCCCUGCCCCAACCUGAAGUAAGACUAUAAUGAAAGAUGAAGCCCUGUUGUGCGCUGGCCACCCUCAGCAGCAGGUUAUAGUAAUGGGAUCCGUGCAUGACAUCCACUUAAAAGUGCAAGCUGGAGGGCCAGAACUCCGCAUGUAAAUGUCCUAGCUGCAGUGGCUCACGGUGGCCCUCAGGGAGAGUCUCUGCGACCUGUUUGAGGUGUGUACUCAGGCGGAUUGCAAGGCCUGCGGGUCUACCCAGAGACCCCAAACAGUGUGAAACCUGAUUUGGCUGGAGUUUCCACACCCUAGGCUGUCCUACGAGGAAAUGGUGCUGUCCCAGGUGGCUAAGAGCAAAUAACCCAGCUGUGUAUGGGUCAACUCUGGCUUUGAUGCAUGUCAAUUGUGUGAGGGGCCCAGACCCAAGAGCACCCCCCUGGAGAGCUCCCAUGGCCUCCCAGAGCUGCUGUCCUGCUUGGGGGGGGGGGGCGGUGUGUGGCGCGUAUACUCUGUGGGACUUGACACAGGUGAACACCCUAGAACAGAACGGUACUCUAAGGAAGCGUUGGGAUUUUCCAGCCUGCCUUGGUAUUAGAUCAGCUGGCUAGUUCUGGUUUUGAAAACAGUCUGUUGGCUGUCACGUGACUUGCAUUGUUGAGAAAGAAAACGUAGAUGGCAGAGACGUGAAGCUGUCCAUCCCAGGCAGAGCAGCAGGCUGUGCUGACCUGACCUUGUUCUGGAAACUAGUUCACAACGGUGUGACUCCGUGUACACGCGACAGGGACUGUGAGUGGACACCGCAUGUCCAGAAGUGGCACCGUCAUCCUCUCCGCCACCGACCUGGGGCCUGCUGUGGAGUUAGAACCCAGAGCUCCAUUUGAGUGGUGGCGAAGCCUGCUACAGCUGGAGCUUUCUUGGUCCAAAUGAUAAUUCUAAAAACAAACAAAAAGAAGAGAGUUGGGCCUAGAAUUUGUUGGUGUGUGAGAGUCUUUGCUUCCAGUGGAGGGAGACUGGCGGUGAGGAACGGAGCCAACUUUUGCACUGCCAGGGUUCAGGGUCUGCCUUCUGGUUUGAGCUCUGUUUACUGAAUGUGAAGCCAUUUCCUUUGUCAGUCCUAAACCCCCCGUGAGUUUUUGGAUGCUGUACAGAUGUUGAAUGUGGAUAUCAUUGUAAAUUCCAGAGUGAUUUAUUUUGAGAUGAGACUUUUGCUACAGUUUGUAACAGGAUAUUUUCCUAUUUAGACCUCAGGGACCCUGGGACCCACUAAUAAGUGUGACCCUCCCACCCCCAGCAGCUUCAAUUCUGGAUAGACGAGUUAUGUAAUCUUGAAGUUAAAUGUGAUAUAUUAUUCAGUAGAAAGAAUGUGUUUCUCUCUUUCAACUUCUGACAAAUUCUUGGAAAAGUGUAGAAAAAAGAGACACUAGAAAAAAAAUAAACCAAUGGUAAAAAGAAUUAAAAAUCACCUGUAAAAUAAACUUUAUGGUAUAAAAUUGUGAUAUUUGAAUAAAUGUAUUGCAUAAAUUAUUUUAAAA